CGCGCGCGCUCGGUUAAUCAGGUAAUUGACCACAGCAUCAGCGCCCAACUCCGCGUGAACACGUAAUCGAGUCCAUCGUGUGUGUAUAUACUCGUGAUCGAUUCCGGCGAAGUCGAUCCCCACUUCCUUCUCGCGUUUCUCCUCCAAAAAUAAAACAAGUUCCUUCGGAGGAGCAACGGUCUCGCGCGGUCAACUAGCUACGCUCCAAUUCAUUUGAGAUAUAAUAAUAGUAAUGGACAAGGAGCAACAGCGCCAUGACGAGCUCCAGGCGCCGCUGCUUCCCGGCGACGGCGGGAAGGCCGCCGCCGCGGCCGGAAGCGCUUACGCGCUCGUCUGCUCCCUGGUCGCCUCCGCCAUCUCCGUCAUCUACGGUUACAAUCGAGGUGUGAUGAGCGGGGCGCAGAAGUUCAUGCAGGACGACCUGGGUAUCAGCGACGCGCAGAUCGAGGUGCUCAUCGGGGCCACCAGCAUCUACUCCCUCGUCGGCUCGCUGGCCGCGGGCUGGGCGUGCGACUGCGCCGGGCGCCGCCGCACUAUGGCGCUCUCCGCUGCCAUGUUCUUCGCCGGCUCGGCGAUCACCAGCGUCGCGGGAGGAUACGCGGUGCUGAUGGCCGGACAGCUCGUCGCCGGUGUUGCCUGUGGGUUCGGCCUCGUCGUCGCGCCCGUCUACAUCGCCGAGAUGGCGCCGGCGGCGUCCCGUGGCUUCCUCUCCUCCAUUCCAGAGAUCGCGGGCAACACGGGCAUUCUGCUCAGCUACAUCGCCGACUCCGCCCUUGCCGGCUUCCCCAACAACGUCAACUGGCGCCUAAUGAUCGGCGUCGGCGCCGUCCCGCCGCUAUUUCUCGCGGUCGCCACGCUCCUCGCCAUGCCGGAGACCCCGCGCUGGCUCGUACUCCACGGCCACCACGACGAAGCACGCCGUGUCCUCGCCCGCACCACGGGCGAUGCGGCCCUCGCUGACCGCCGCCUCAAGGAGAUCGUUUCCUCCGCGCGGGAAAGCUCCAAGCAGGCCGUUCCCGGCGGCAGCGACGGGACGACCCGGUCCACAAGCGUCUGGCGCGACAUACUGAUCCGGCCGACGCGGUCUGUCCGUCGCGUGCUGCUCGCCAUCCUCGGCCUCCAGUUCUUCCAGCAGGCGUCCGGCGUCGCGGCGCUCGUGUUGUACGCGCCGCGGGUGUUCCACCACGCCGGAGUGACCUCCCAGUCUGCGGUUCUCGGUGCCACGAUCCUCCUCGGCGUCGCCAAGAUUGUGGCCAUUGUGAUCCCGCUCUUUCUGGCUGACCGGCUGGGCCGGCGUCCCAUGCUGCUCACCAGUGCGGGCGGCAUGACCGUGUCUCUGCUCGUGCUAGGCUUCUCUCUUCGAGCGUUGCCGACGGCACACGCGGGCGGGAGCGCCGCGUGGUGGGCCGCUGCAACGAGCGUGACGGCCGCCGCAGCGUUCAUGGCGACCUUCUCGCUGGGGUUCGGGCCAGUAAUUUGGAUGUACGGGUCAGAGAUCCUGCCGCUCCGGCUACGCGCGCAGGGCACUGGCAUAGGCACGGCGGUGAACCGGGUGAUGAGCGCAGUGGUGGGGAUGACGUUCAUAUCGCUGUACGAGGCUGUGGGCAUGGCCGGAAGCUUUUACAUCUUCGCGGGGUGCGCAGCAGCGUCCUGGGUUUUCGUCUACGCACUCCUGCCGGAGACAAAGGGGAGGACCCUCGAGGAGAUGGAGGCGCUCUUCGACGAUUCCGCCAAGUCGCCAUCGCUGACAACGCAGUGAUCAAUAAUGUGCGAGUGCAAGCAGGCGCGGCGCGCGCGGGGUGAAGCUUGUAAUUCUUACCGGUAAAGAAUUGUCACUGUUGGUGUUGGCCCGAUCAAGCAGUUUGUGGUAUUUAGAGCCAACCGGCAUCCUAGUGGCAAACCUAAAUACAAUGUGAUGCUGAGGUCUCGGAGCACUGUUCAACUAAGAUUGCUAUCAACCCUAUACAAUGAUGUGGUAUCAUUGAUGGUAUUAAGCUUCU